AUGGCCACCACUAACGAGUUCCCCGCUGUUGAUGUUAACAGCUACGACUACAUCGUCGUUGGCGGCGGUACUGCCGGCUGUGUGAUUGCCGCACGCUUGGCCGAGUACCUCCCUAACAAGCGGACUCUGGUGAUCGAGGGAGGUCCCAGUGAUUUCAUGGACGACCGUGUUCUGAACCUGAAGGAAUGGCUGAACCUGCUCGGAGGUGAGCUUGACUACGACUACGGUACCACUGAGCAGCCUAUGGGUAACAGUCAUAUCCGCCACUCCCGCGCAAAGGUUCUAGGUGGUUGCUCUAGCCACAACACUCUAAUCUCUUUCCGUCCAUUCGAGUAUGAUUGCCGCCAAUGGGUUGCCAAGGGUUGCAAGGGCUGGGACUUUGAGACCUUCACCCGCAUCAUUGAUAACCUGCGCAACACUAUCCAGCCUGUGCAUGCUCGCCACCGUAACCAGCUGUGCAAGGAUUGGAUCCAGGCCUGCUCUACUGCCAUGAAUAUCCCUGUCAUUGAGAACUUCAACGACAAUAUCCGCAACACCGGUGAGCUGACUGAGGGUGUCGGCUUCUUCAACAUUGCCUACAACCCCGAUGACGGUCGCCGUAGCAGUGCCAGUGUUGCCUAUAUCCACCCAAUUCUCCGUGGUGAUGAGAAGCGUCCCAACUUGACUAUUCUCACCAACGCUUGGGUUAACAAGAUUAACAUUGAGGGUGAUACCGUGACCGGUGUUGAUGUUACUCUCCAGUCUGGUGUCAAGCACACUCUGCGUGCCAAGAAGGAGACCGUCCUGUGUGCCGGAGCUGUCGACACCCCUCGUCUGAUGAUGCUUUCCGGUCUUGGUCCCCGUGAGCAGCUGUCCGCACUCGGCAUUCCCGUGGUGAAGGAUCUCCCCGGUGUUGGUGAAAACCUGCUGGACCACCCCGAGAGCAUUAUCAUGUGGGAGCUCAACAGCCCCGUGGAUCAUAACAUGACCACUAUGGACUCUGACGCCGGUAUUUUCCUGCGCCGCGAGCUGCCUAACGCCGCCGGAUUCGACGGCAAGAUCGCCGAUGUGAUGAUGCACUGCUACCAGAUUCCGUUCACUCUCAACACCAAGCGUCUCGGCUACGACGAGCCCUUGAACGCCUUCUGUAUGACCCCCAACAUUCCCCGGCCCCGCUCCCGCGGUCGUCUCUUCUUGACCUCCGCCGACCCCUCCGUGAAGCCUUCGCUGGACUUCCGCUACUUCACCGACCCUGAGGGCUACGACGCCGCCACCAUCGUGGCGGGUCUCAAGGCCGCUCGUGAGAUUGCCAAGCAGUCUCCCUUCAAGGAGUGGAUCAAGCGUGAAGUUGCCCCCGGUCCCAAGGUGCAGACCGACGAGGAGCUGUCUGAGUACGGACGUCGUGUUGCCCACACCGUGUACCACCCUGCUGGUACUACUAAGAUGGGUAACGUUGUCACCGACCCUAUGGCGGUUGUCGACCCCACGCUGAAGGUCCGCGGUCUGAAGGGCAUCCGCAUCGCCGAUGCCGGUGUCUUCCCUGACAUGCCUACCAUUAACCCCAUGCUGACGGUCCUGACUAUUGGUGAGCGUGCCGCCGAGCUGAUUGCCGGUGAGGCUGGUUGGUCUCGCAACCAGCCCCGCCUGUAA